UCUCGCGACUCGAGGAAAAUGCUUCUCGCACGCCGAUUUCUCCUCUCUCGCUGAAAGGAAGGGGAAGAAAUCCUCAUCCGUGAUCAGCCGUAGACGACGGUGAUGAAGCAGAGAACAUGGCCGCAUCGAGCGGACAACCCCCGCUUCACCGCCCUCCCGUUCGACGGCUCGAGCGCCGACAACCUCGCCGCCAAGCUCUUACGCCACCGCCAGACGGACCGCUCCGCCUCCAGCCGGCACUUCUCCAAGCCGUCGCCGUCGCCGUCGUCGUCCAGGCUCAGAGUCCUCGGCUCACGCCAGGCUCUGGCCCCCUCGGGAUCGCUGAAACCCGCGCCGUCCCGAGACUUCGCGGCGCUGCCGUACGACGUGCUUGCGAGGAUCGCCGCCUCGUUCACGCAGUCGAACCUACGGGCGGCGUCUCUGGUGUGCAGGUCGUGGAACGAGGCUCUCCGCCCGCUGAGGGAGGCGAUGCUGCUGCUCCACUGGGGGAAGCGAUUCAAGCACGGCCGGGCCGGGGCGCGAGCGAACUCAGAGAAGGCUCUGGAAUCGUUCCUGAAGGGGGCGGCGCGUGGGUCCACGCUCGCAAUGGUCGAUGCUGGCCUAAUGUACUGGGAGAUAGGGAAGAAGGAGGCCGCCAUCGAAUUGUAUAGAAAAGCUGCUUCGCUCGGCGAUCCGGCUGGGCAGUGCAAUUUGGGGAUUGCUUACUUGCAAGUUGAACCUUCAAAACCUCAGGAAGCUAUUAAAUGGUUACAACUAGCUGCAACAGCUGGCCAUGUCCGGGCGCAGUACCAAUUGGCACUUUGCCUGCAUCGAGGCUGUGGCCUGGAUAGUAAUUUAGUGGAAGCGGCUAAAUGGUAUCUGAAAGCUGCUGAAGGUGGUUAUGUGCGUGCUAUGUACAAUGUUGCACUUUGCUACUCAUAUGGGGAGGGUUUUCACCAAAAUCGGAGACAAGCUAGAAGCUGGAUGAAGCGAGCAGCUGAUCGUGGUCACAGCAAAGCUCAAUUUGAGCACGGGCUGAGCCUUUUUUCUGAGGGUGAGAUGCUGAAAGCUGUUGUAUACUUGGAACUUGCUACUCGAGCUGGCGAAAGAGCAGCGGCCCACUUGAAGAAUGUAAUUCUCCAACAGUUGUCAGCGCCGUCACGUGAUCGUGUGAUGUUUCUUGCUGACAAUUGGCGUGCUAUGCCUGCAUCUCGCUGAGGCUCUCUCUAAGGAUUGCUGUCAUAGGCAUUCAAGUUUCUGAGGGCAAAAGGGACAAUAUGAUGGACCUAGCUGCUGGUCGAUGGCUUUCUUGCUCGUGCUCCCUUAUUGCACUGUGAUGAAGCUGAUCUUUCCUAGUAGCUUUUGGAGUGUGCUUUAUAGCAGGCGGAUGUACAGUUGGUGUUGGGAGGGUUGAACCCCACAUGAAAUCCUAUUGCAGGUUGGAAGACAAGUUUGCCAAAUCCGUAAAGACAUAAAUGGUCCAAGGAAUUUCAGUGAAUGAUGACAGUUGAAACUUGAAACUAUUAAUCCAGUCCUCCAUCCGAAUGUUCAAUCCAGCUGCAUGUCGAAGUCUUACAAGUUUAGCCGCCUUCUUAAAUCGAUCACGAAUCUGGUUGUUGAUUAAGCAUAGCCUGUUCGAUGGUGAGCGGAGUUAUGGCCAACACAUCCUGUGCCAAACCACCAUGAUUUGAUGUAAUUCCUGAAGCUGAGACGUGUGGUAAACCUUCUAAACAAAAAGCAUGUCUGGAUAGAUUUUUAGUUUUUUAUAUUUUGUUCAGUUAUGCAGCAGAAACAAUAGAAACACAAAUCACCCACUCGCGAACA